AUGAUGAAUACAGCCGUGCAGCCGAACGAGUGGUACGAUGACAUCAAAGACGCGGUGACGAGCACUACCGUGGAGAUCACAGAGAGCUGUUCGGAGUACGUGCUCAUGCAGGAUGAUCAUGGCUAUGACUAUCUUUCCUUGUGUGAAUGGUCCAUAUCGAACGUACUUGCGCAAGAGUACGGCCUUGCAGUGGAUCUACAGUUCACUGUGCCAGAACGACACCCUCCGGGCAGUUUGCCGUCGAACCUUGAGGCGAAAGCGGUGAUACUUGACCCAGCCUGGACCCCACUGAAGAAUGCCUUGAUUGCUGCUGCGAGGACGGCGGAAGACGGCAUGACGGCCACUGUGCGAACGAUCAGAGUCAUUGUGCCGAGGAGAAGUGGCUAUGUCGCUUCAGCAGAUUGGAUUCAGAGGAGGUUUGCCGACUGCGGUAUGGUGGAGCAAGUGGCUUGCUUCUCGUCUCCUCGCACGCUCGUGAAAGCAAGCACUACGAGUAUACUCGAUAUGUCACUGCAAGACUUGCUUCAUGCCGCUUGUGCAGGAUUCCUCCUGACAUCGACAGCAAUUGUCGACGAGGUAGACACCGAGUUCGCCGAUCGACUUGACGAUGCCUGGAUCUCCCCAGUCAUGACAGCACCACGUCUAAGCUGA